AUGUUUGUAUGUGAUAGCUACAUCUACCCCCGGCGCAAUGAUUCCUUCGUGGACAAGGUGUUCCUGUUCGCGACCACGGUCGGUACCUGGGACCCCUCCCCUACCCCGCCGCUGUCGCGCCUUCCGUCGGCCGAGGAUGACCCCCCCGGUUUUCCACCGACCAUCAUCCCGCCCCUGUGGCGCGUGGAGGAUGCGGCGGCUGCUGCGGCCGAAGAGCAACAACGGCCGCGCGAAAACUGGCUGAAGAGCAUCGUCGCCGCCAUCAUGGUGGCCGUUCGCUUCCUCGUUGGCCCCAACGGCCAGAGGGCGAGGCAGGGAUGCCGGGGCGACGACGACGACGACGACGACAACCACGCCCCCGCCCGACGCGCUACGUGGCGGGAGCGAGCCGCAGCUGCCGCGCGUAGGUUUCUGCGCUCAGCGAGAAACAAGAUCAAAAAUGCCGAGGACCGCCUCCACGCCAUGUUCGACAUCUCCGUCGCGAAGAGAACCGCUCGACUGUUGGACCUGGCGCGCAAGAUAACCGUGCAGGACAUGCCGCGCCGGGCGGGGUUCAGACGCCAAGGCAGCGAUGAGCUCUUUGAGAUCGAUCGUAGCCGCCUGGGAGUGAGCGAUGCCGUCGCCGCCGCUGUGAAGGAUAUUUGCACCAAGUUGGCGGCGGUAUUCCCUGUCAUCGGGUAUAACCAGACGAUGCGGGCUGGCAUUCACGGCCCGACGGUCACGAUAUUCGUCAUUAUGUCUCUUCUCUGCUUGGCGGAGAAGCAGGGGGCGGAGGACGCCGACGUGGUGGUGAUGGUGAAGGUCCCCCUGAUGGCCGCAGCAAGCAGCGUGAAGUCCUUCCAGGACAUCUUGGAGCACGCCCCGGUGUCGCUCGAGCACUUCUUGACUGGGUACCGAGCCGCAAUGGUCGGAGUACCGGCGUGCAACGACUGCGUAGAGCCGGUAUAG